AUGGCAAUCCAAACACACAGCCAUAUGUUUAUACCAAAUUACCGCCUCGCACCGGAACACCCAGCACCGGCGGCCGUGGAGGACGUUUAUGCCACGCUGAGGUGGGUGCAGACGCAUGCCGCGGGGCUCGGUAUCAAUGCGGAACGGGUGGUUUUUUUUGGUGUAAGCGCUGGCGGUGGAAUCGCCACCGGGACGGCCCUAAUGGUUUAUAACAAAAGCCUCACCAGUUCGGAAAAGUUUCCGCUGCCGGCCGGCUUGGCGUUGCGGUACCCUAUAUUAGACGACCGCACGUUCGGGUCGAUCGAGGACCCGGAGCAUUUCUACCAUGUUUGGAACUACGUAGUCAAUGAAAUUGUGUGGACAGCGUACGCAGGCGGCAAGGCAAAAGCGGAAAAAACGAACGAUACUAUUUCUGUAUACGCGGCGCCAGCGCGGGUUGGGCCGGAUAAGCUGCGGGGCCUCCCGCCUACAUUUAUGGACGUCGGGGAACUGGAUUUAUUCCGCGAAAAGAUUACCAAAUUUGUAGCCGCGCUGGCCACCGCCGGCGUUAAUGUCGAGUUCCACCAUUACUCGGGGCUUCCACACGGCGUUAAAAUAAUGGCGCCGGGGAUCAGCAAAGCUAUUGCCAUAAAUAAGAAUACCUGCAGAUUUAUUGGUAGAUUUUAG